UGGGGCUCGGCCGCGCAGUGCCAGCGCCAGCACCAGACCCGCGCCCCGCGCUCUGCCGACCGCCGCCUGAGUUCUGGCUCCCGAGUCCGAGCUCCCGCCCGCCUGUGCGCCGCCCGAAUAUGGAGCUGCUGUGCUGCGAGGGCACCCGGCACGCGCCCCGGGCCGGGCCGGACCCGCGACUGCUCGGGGACCAGCGUGUCCUGCAGAGCUUGCUCCGCCUGGAGGAGCGCUACGUGCCCCGCGCCUCCUACUUCCAGUGUGUGCAGAGGGAGAUCAAGCCGCACAUGCGGAAGAUGCUGGCGUACUGGAUGCUGGAGGAAGGGAGCCUCUGGCGUAACCCCCCAGCCCCCAGGGGAGGGGGGCGAGGAGGCAGGCAACUCAGAGGAAGUGGGGGGCGUCACCUCGGGGAAGGCACAUCCUCCUCGGUCUGUGAGGAGCAGCGCUGUGAGGAGGAAGUCUUCCCCCUGGCCAUGAACUACCUGGAUCGCUACCUGUCCUGCGUCCCCACCCGAAAGGCGCAGUUGCAGCUCCUGGGUGCGGUCUGCAUGUUGCUGGCCUCCAAGCUGCGCGAGACUACGCCCCUGACCAUCGAAAAACUGUGCAUCUACACCGACCACUCCGUCUCUCCCCGCCAGCUGCGGGACUGGGAGGUACUGGUCCUGGGGAAACUGAAGUGGGACCUGGCUGCUGUGAUUGCCCAUGAUUUCCUGGCCCUGAUUCUGCACCGGCUUUCUCUGCCCCACGACCGACAAGCCUUGGUCAAAAAACAUGCACAGACCUUUUUGGCCCUCUGUGCUACAGAUUACACCUUCGCCAUGUACCCGCCAUCCAUGAUCGCCACGGGCAGCAUUGGGGCUGCAGUGCAAGGCUUGGGUGCGUGUUCCACGUCUGGGGAUGAGCUCACGGAGCUGCUGGCAGGGAUCACAGGCACUGAGGUGGACUGCCUGCGGGCCUGUCAGGAGCAGAUCGAAGCUGCGCUCAGGGAGAGCCUCCGAGAAGCCGCCCAGACCUCGCCCAGCCCAGCACCCAAAGCCCCCAGGGGCUCCAGUAGCCAGGGGCCCAGCCAGACCAGCACUCCCACAGAUGUCACAGCUAUCCACCUGUAGCCCUGGAGAGGCCCCCUCCAGUGGCCAUGGGCAGCAGAAGAGGGGACACUGCCACCCCCCCUCCUUGCCUGCAGGAACGAACCAUGCCACAUCCGAAGUCCGAGGGGGCUCCUUCCUAUUCGCCCCUUGCAAAGCCUAAGGGGUUAGGCCCUACAUAUCUCUGCAGUGUGCACUAAGGGGCCUGGCCAGCCAUGUGUGGAUGGCUGGCUGGGCUCCUCCUUUUCUCUGCAUCUGACCAGCUCUGCCCCUUCCCUGAUUCUAGCUGGUGGCGGGCCAGGCUGGUUGGAAAUGAAAUUGAAGUAGGUAAAAUACACGUACCAGCAUUUCUUUUUGAGGUGCCCUUAUCUCUGGGCCUCUCACGUUCUCAGAUGCCCACAUGCCCCUAGUGCCUUGUAAAGGUGUCACACCUUCCAGAGUUCUUUCUGGAGAAGUUUCAGAUACUCUGGUAGACGUGUGUGAGGGUAAACAGUCUGGACAGCUCAUCUUGACACACUUUGGAGGCCCC